CUUCCAUCGCGUGCGACAGUACCGCUUUUCGCUCGGUGUGGGUGGACGUACGCUCGCCGCUUUCGUCGUCGAGUUCGCUCCACGAAACAAGUUUCACGCUUUUGUUUCGAAUAAUCCAACCGUAUUAACGAGACAUCACGAUGCACUUUACGAAAAUAGUGAUCAAAACUUUCGAUGAAAACGAUUUUACACGCUAAAGACUACGUGAUUGUGAUUAGAUUUAUCUUUAUCUAACGAUACGGCAAAGGUGUGACAAGAACGCGAGUGCAAUUGUUUAUUGUUUUGAAACAAAAGACAAAUCCGUUGGGAGUUUAAAUUUCUGUUUUCUUUUUUUUUUCACUGUGAGGACGUAUACGAGACGUGUAAAAAAGAGACAAAAUGAGGCAUCAACCGGCGGGAUCGACAGGUGUGGUGGCUUUGGCGGUUUUGUUUGCAGUAAUAACAGGAUGUUCAUCACAGACCUUGAGGAUAUUUCCGAAUCAAAAACAUCAGACUGUUGCAGUAGGCAAGUCGGUGGUGCUGACCUGUCAAGCAGAUGCACCUGACCCUUCACUUGUUACGCAGCACCAAUGGAAAGAUCCAAAGGGAAUGGUUAUUAAUGAUGCGGCGAGUUCGGGAACCCGACCUGAGAUAUAUACAGAGUUAAUGCCAACUAAGCAAUCUCAAUUGCUUUACAUUUCUUCGAUCACGCCUGCGAUGGCAGGGAACUACACUUGUGUGGCUGCCUACACCAAUAUACCACUUAGUGCCAGCGUACUUUUAGAAACUUUCGUUGCAAUCACGUGGACGAACGCCAAUGAGAAUCAAUAUGCGACCAAAGGAAAAGAUUUUAAAGUGAUGUGCGAAGUGACAGCUGAACCUGCGCCUUCAGUUGAUUGGUUCAAAGAAGGGACACCGAUAUUGACUGGUGAUAGAUACGUUAUACAUGCUAACGGUCUACUGAUAAAAAAUGUUCAAGAAAGUGACGAUGGAACUUAUACUUGUCGAGCCGUAGUUAUACCAACUGGCGAAUUAGCCGAAAGAAAUAUUAAACUCGAAGUAUAUACUGCACCAGAAAUGGAAGAACGUGAAACAAGAGUCGAAAUUAAAGAGGGUGAUUCAGCAGCUAUUACCUGCAAAGCUAACGGCAAGCCUCCUCCAACUUAUGCUUGGAUUAAAGCCUCUACGAGAGAGAACUUGGCGACCACAUCGAGAUUUAGUGUGAACGAAAAUACAGGGUUAUUAACAUUUGAUAGAGUUGAGGCUAGCGAUUACGGCAAAUAUAUUUGUAGUGCAGUCAACAAAGCUGGGCAAAACGAAACUGAAAUAGAAGUUGAAGUUCUUGUACCACCGAAAAUAUUCGAGCUAUAUAACACUACUGCCCCAGAGCGAGGAGAAGGAAGAUUAGAAUGUAAAGCUACUGGAAGACCAGCACCUCGUAUUAGCUUUAGAAAAUUGAGCAAUCCUGAACGUUUCUUGACUGGAACGAAUGAUGACAAUAGAAUCAUAGUUGAAACCGCGGAAAGACAAACGGGAGAUCAAAUGCAAUCUAGUGCUGUGAUUACUAUUACAAACUUGAAUCGAACCGAUGAUGGCCUCUACGAAUGUUUAGCCGAAAAUGAUGGUGGGGAAGCAAGAAAGAACGGACAUUUGACGGUUCAAUUCAAACCGUCCUUUGCGCAUAUGCCUAAAGCCCCGAUUUGGAGUUGGAAUGGUCAGCCUGUUAACAUCAGUUGUAUUGCAGAGAGUAUACCUAAUGCCACAAUCAAAUGGAAGUUCCAAGAAUUGGACUUACUUGAAACACCUCAUGUUAAGAUUUUCGGUUCUGGUCCGAUCAGUUACGUUACGGUUAUACCGACUGAUCGCCAUCUCUAUGGUAACUAUAAAUGUAUAGCAACGAACACGCUCGGUGAAGCAGAACAUAUCACUCAAUUGCGGGAAGCCUUCCCUCCUGGCCAAGUAGUGCAGGUCCGACAAGAUGUGUUAACAGCGACUUCUGUGUCAUUCAAUAUUGUUGGCCCAGCAGAGGACAUGGGCCCACCGAUCCUAGCAUUUACUUCGCAAUACAAAGAAAACGGCAAUUUCGACUGGAACCUUGCUAUGAACAGAACUUGGUCUGUGAACUCUCCGUAUAUUGUCGAGAAUCUACAGCCGAUGUUCACUUACGACUUUAGAUUCGCAGCAGUUAACCAGGUCGGGGUCGGUGCAUGGGGUGCCCCAAUUACGGUCAACAUGCCUAGGAGGUCAGUUCCAGAACAGCCUAAGUGGAGAGAAGAUAUAAGCUCGGAAUCGCUUUUACAUGGAAAAUAUGCAGAUAGGUACGAAUUGAGGUGGAAGAUACCUGCGCAUAAUGGGGAGCCUAUUGACCUAUAUGAAGUCAGUUAUUGUCCGGUACUGAAAGUGAGCGGUGAGUGGAGAGUGUCUGCAGAAUCUCAAUGCCAAACAGAGGAGCUUAAGACCUCGGAGUCGAUAACCUAUGAAGUUAGAGGCCUCCAACCUGACACCCGUUACCGAAUGCAAGUCCGAGCUCACAACAUCCUUGGCUACUCCUUACCGGCUCAGCUUUACGUACAAACUGCUCUCGGUGUGAAGACUUCAGGAUUUGCUCCACCACAACUUCUUUCGAGUGGUGCUAUCAUUGGAGUGGCGCUAGCGGGUGUCUUCAUAUGUCUGAUCAUAGUCGAUCUCAUACUAUUCUGCUUCAAACGCCAAGGUGUGAUAGCAACUAUCUGCGGAAAAAGAACCAAGAAGCACCAAGAUGACGAAGCGAAACUAGGAAGGGAUGAAAAGGAGCCACUCAAAGACACUUCAGAGGAUGCGAUUAAAAGAAAUUCUUCUGUUGAAUUCGAUGGAAGACGCGUAUACGCUACCAGCGGGGGUCCUAUCAUAGGAAAGAAUUCUGCAGUUUAAGGAAGACAAAUUAAAGAUGGUUCACCGUUUCAUCUUUUUGUAUGAAAAAAGAGUGAGAAAGUAUAAUAUUCUUGUGAAAUUUUCUUAAUCCAAAAAUUAUCAUUUAAUCUGAUGUGAAUUAAAAAUUUAUGAGGAUAUUAUAUAUUUCUCGAACAAAUGAAAUAUCAAUGAUCAUUUGUAUAACGUAAUCGGAUAUAUUUGACUAAAUAUGGAGCUUUAUGUAUUGGUGAUUAGCGCGACCAGUAUUCGAAACUGCCAAAAGAGAAUUUAUUAAUUUACACAAAUAUAAUCUCAUUAUUCAUUCGGAUACGUUCAUAGUGUCAUAUUCCAUAUUCACCAUUUUCAUCCCUGUCAUUUCAAUAGAAUGUGCGUGAAACAGAAAUACGCCUUUGAAAAGUUUGAAUAUAGAAUAUGACGGAGUAGGAUUAAAUAUAAUAAGUUGCGUCUAUUAUUAAACUCUUUUGUGAAAUUUCAAAAAAGUUUAUUUCGUAUCAUUUGCGUUUAGUUUUUUAAUUAGCGUCAGAGGUACAGCAUGUGCCUUUUAGUAAUUACAUCUUAAUGAGGGUUUAGAAUAGGCUCAUGUAUAUAUACAAAAUAGGAUAAUACGCUACGCCUCGGGUCACAAUUUACAAAUAUUUAAGCAUCACCUAUCUUAUAGACUUUCAAGGACGUUAAAAUUCGAAUUAAAAUAGGUUCCGAAUUCUUUUCAAAGCGGUAGAUAAUAAAUUUUAAAAAGCAAAAGAAUCAUACAUUAGUUUUUUUUUUAAAUUGGAAACCAGCUGUUCUUAAUUCAAAUACAGAUUCCUAAUUUGACUAAUUGUAAGAUGUGAUUGUUAUAAGAUUUGUUGUGUAGUUUCUGUUAGUAUUUAAUAAUGGAUAAAACGUCUAGAUUUGGAUUUAACUUAUAUAUCUACUUUUGUUUGAAAACUUUAAUAUUAAUACCUAGUCUGCAAUUAUUUACCUAUAUGGUAAAUGUUGCGGAUCAAUUAAUACAUAAAAUUACGUUUCUUUUAUAUAAAGAACAUUAUGAAAGCUUCCAGUUGCUUAAACAUAUGUGAUUUACAUUUAUGGUUAUCAUUGUAUCUAAAACACACCUCUAAUGCAAUGAACCUCUUUACGUAAGCUUUGUAUGAACUCACCGAAAUAAGUCUAUCAAUGAAACCUAUACAAUUUAGCUCGAAAAACUAAUAGCAAUUCAACAAUAUCAAUAUAAAUCAAAGAUUUGAAAACUCUAAUAAGAGUCACCUCGUAUAGAUGAUAAAAUCUAAUUCAUUAAUCACAUUAUAGUCUUAAGGCAUGUAAAUAAAAAUUUUGUAAAUAUAAUUAUUUUUCGCUUUCCUAAACGUUUAAGUUUGAAGCAUUCAAAAUAGUUAAAAUCAUUAAGUUUAAGUUAAAGCAUUUCCCAUAAUUUAAUACCGUACAGUCAUGUUAAAAAUAAAUUAAACCUAAAUAUUUAAGUUUAUAAAUAUAGGACAAAUUAUAAGUUACUUAAGUUAUAAUUAUAGAGCUCGCUUACUUUAAAGUAUAAUUAAUUGUGGAGUAUUAGUUAUUUAUUAUUUUUUAUCGAACAAUAGGGUUUGUUCCUUUACUAUAUAAGUAGAAUUAUACAGUUUAAGUGUUUUAUACAGUCUAAUACGAGUACUAAUUGUAUAAUGACAUAAUAUAAAAAUAUUGUAUGUUUUUGUAACGUCGCUUCAUAUUUUAUACUGAUGAACGUUUUCUCUUGAUAUUAUUAAGUACAGUGAUCAGCAUGGUACUAUAUAAGACCAAAUUCCUGCAUUAGAUUUUAAGUCUCAAUCUUUUAAUUGUUAGGUUCAUAAUUGACUGUUGUCCAUUUGGCCUUCCGUUGUAACUUGAUGAGAUGCUGUAUGUAUGUUUAUAACUUAGUCAUUGUUUUUAGAAAAUUAAUAGCUGUCCAAUGAAUUUAAAAAGGAAAGGAGAUGUGACCGUAUUGCAAAACUUUCAGCAGCUAUGUAUUGUUCUUAACAUUUCCUUUUUAUUCUAUUCUUUUUUAUUAAAAAAACAAAAAACUUUCCUUUUUGUUGUUGCCAGUAUAUUUAUACCCGGUCAACGAGAUCUGAAGUUAUUUAUUGAAGUCUGAUUGAAAUAAUUAAGUAUUACGAUUCAUAAUUAAAACGCUUGUACGUACUUUACUGUUUUAUAUAUAACACGUAAUUUUCCUUAACUAGAUGUUGAAUUUGAUGUUUAUAGACCUUUUUUAAUUGAUCAUACCGUGUAACUAGAUGAUGUUUAUGAUAUCAAAAGAAUCUUACAAGAUAAUAUAAGCAUUGAACUCUACUGUAUAUUACAGUAUUAAGUUCGAUUCGUUACCAAGUUGACCUACUGAUUUGUCGUUGACUAUGUCGCUGAUCUUGCAGUGAAGUUAGUACAAGCGUUACAAUAAUUCAUUUAGUACAUCAUAUUCCUAACGGACCAAAACAUCUAAUGAAAUAUCUUCGAUAAUAAAUUUAUAAUGAAUUUACUAUAAACUAAUUUGUAUCGUUGAUAAGCUUUCACUAUUGCGUAUACAUGUCAAAGCUUGAAUGUAUGUUAUAAAUCUUUUUCUAUUGGCUUUGAAUAGUGGAGAAUGGAAUUAUAUAUUGAGAUGCGCAUUUUUUAUAAAAUAAAUGUCUCAA